AUGAAAGUUUCAAUCUUUUUUUUCUAUACAACUAUCUUGUUAUCUACUCAAUUUCUUGUCUGUAAUUCUUUCACUCCUCUAGACAAUUUUCUGAUUGAUUGUGGAGGAAGUAACCCAGUAGUGCUUGAAGACAACAGGGUUUUUAACCCUGACAAUGGAGUUUCUGAUGUGGGUUUAUCUCCUUCUGGUUCUCACAUUGUAGUUUCCAACACUAAAAUUGUAUUUUCAACCUACUCAGCUCUCUACAAAACAGCAAGAGUCUUCACCAAAACUUCAAGCUACACCAUCAACACAAAGCAGAUUGGUCACCAUUGGCUUCGACUGCAUUUUUUCCCUAUUCAGAAUCCACAUUAUGAUCUGAAAUCUGCAGUUUUCUCAAUCUUGGCUAAUGAAUUUACACUUGUUGAUGAUUUUUCCUUUUCGAAGUUGAAGAAAAAUUCUCCUUUGCCAAAAGAAUUUGUAGUUGAAAUUGGUGAUUCGACUUCGAAAGUUCCGGUGCUCAUCCUCACCUUGUCUCCUUUGAAUGGAUCUGUUGCAUUUCUUAAUGGGAUUGAGCUUGUGUCCAUGCCAGGUGGGGAAUUCAUUCCUUCUAUUGCUAUUCCUGUUCCAUUGGGGUCUGAAUUUCAUAUCCCUGAUCAUUUAGCUUUGGAAACGGUUUACAGAAUCAACAUGGGAGGUCCAUCUUUGAGUCCUAAAAAUGAUUCAUUAUGGAGGAUCUGGGAACCAGAUUACCCUUAUCUAAUCAAGGCUGCUUCUGCUAAAAAUGUUGUAGUCAGUCCUAAUUUGAUUAAGUACGUUAAUGGAGUAUCAGUAGAGAUUGCACCUAAUUGGGUUUAUGCCACAGCUCAGGAAAUGGCAGAUUCCAAUGUCAUUGAUCAAAGAUUCAACAUUUCUUGGGAAUUUACAGUUGAUCCUGGUUUUUCCUACUUUAUCAGGAUGCAUUUCUGUGACAUUGUCAGUUUAGCUCUUAAUAAUUUGUUCUUUGAUGUGUAUAUAAACAACCAAACUGCACUAAGCUCAUUUGAUAUCUCUAGCAACACAAUGGGGCUAUCAACUGCAUAUUUUGUCGAUUUCGUUACAAAUGUUUCAACCAGAUCAAAUCAAAUUCUUGUCCAAGUUGGUCCCUCUGACUUGAGAAAUCUCCCAAGCAAUGCAAUCUUAAAUGGUUUGGAGAUCAUGAAAAUGAGCAAUCCUUCUGCUAGUCUUGCUGGAAUUCAUCAUGGCGGAUUCGUUAGUGUCAACGACUCAAAAAACAAGUCAUGGGUUUUAGUAAUAGUUUCUUUGUCAGCUGGAGUUGCACUUCUACUACUCCUAUCAAUGACUUUAAUGAUCUUUUUGCGGUGGUUUAAAAAACCAAAACAUCAACCCGCGGCUUGGUUUCCAAUUCCAACUCAUGUAGGCAAUUUUGAUUCCAAAGUUUCUAUUCUCAGUUUCGGUUCAACAGCUCAUGAUUCUGCUUUAGGUCGUGUUAUAGCCUUCUCAGAGAUUCGUGAAGCAACCAAGAACUUCGAUGAAAGCUUGGUGAUUGGUGUUGGUGGGUUUGGAAAAGUCUACAAAGGAGUGCUAGAAAAUGGAGUAAUCGUUGCAAUAAAGCGUGGCAAUCCACGAUCCCAACAAGGACUUAACGAAUUCAGGACAGAAAUUGCAAUGCUAUCAAGGCUAAGACACAAGCAUUUGGUUUCUUUAAUAGGAUUCUGUGAAGAACAAAAUGAAAUGAUCCUCGUUUACGAGUUCAUGGCAGGAGGCCCUUUACGAAAACACUUAUAUGGAGCUAAUCUUCCUCCACUUACUUGGAAACAAAGGCUUGAAAUCUGCGUCGGAGCUGCCAAAGGACUACACUAUCUCCACACAGGAGCAGCAGUUAGUAUCAUCCACCGUGAUGUCAAGACAACAAAUAUACUUCUUGAUGAAAGCCUCACUGCAAAAGUGGCUGAUUUCGGAUUGUCCAAGUUAGGCCCAAGUGUGGAUCAAACCCAUGUCAGCACAGCUGUAAAAGGAAGCUUUGGUUAUCUUGAUCCUGAGUACUUUCGUCGCCAGCAACUCACUGAGAAAUCCGAUGUCUACUCAUUCGGAGUAGUACUAAUGGAGGUUUUAUGUGCUAGACCUGCUAUAAAUCCUGCAUUGCCAAGGGAACAAGUGAACAUUGCAGAAUGGGGUAUGUAUUGGCAGAAGAGAGGCUUGUUAGUCAAAAUCAUAGAUCAACACCUUGUAGGAUCUGUCAGUCUCGAUUCACUUAGAAAAUUCGGAGAAACAGCAGAAAAGUGUCUGGCUGAACAUGGGAUUGAGAGGCCUACAAUGGGAGAUGUGUUGUGGAAUUUGGAGUAUGCCCUUCAAUUACAAGAGUCUUCUGCACAAGAUGUGUCAUAUGAGAACAGUGCUAAUUACAUUCCUGAUAUCCCUGAUUCGAUCCCGCAAAUCGAAUCUGUUGACAGUUGUUCAGUCGAUGGGAUUGGUGAUCAAGAUCCUCAUACUUGCACAUCAAGUGGUGUGUUUUCACAGCUAAUGAGUCCAAGAGGAAGGUAG